AUGUGCAUUUCGAGUAGAGAAGACGAAGAUCCCGAUGGUCCAUCAAGAAAUCAUCGAAGGAAUCAAUCGCCAUUAUCGUUUCCACAGACUCUGAAACAUUUCCACAGAGAUUUACUCGCCGGUGCUGUAAUGGGAGGCGUCGUUCACACGAUCGUAGCUCCAAUCGAGAGAGCGAAGCUUCUAUUGCAAACCCAAGAGAGCAACAUCGCUAUCGUCGGAGACGCAAGGAAGAGAAGGUUUAAAGGAAUGUUCGAUUUCAUUUUCCGUACUGUUAGAGAUGAAGGUGUUUGGUCAUUAUGGAGAGGCAAUGGAAGUAGUGUUCUUCGUUAUUAUCCUUCCGUUGCUCUCAAUUUCUCUUUAAAGGAUUUAUAUAGAAGCAUUCUUAGAAACAGUAGCUCUCAAGAGAAUCAUAUCUUCUCUGGUGCUUUAGCUAAUUUCAUGGCUGGUUCUGCAGCUGGAUGUACUGCUUUGAUUGUUGUUUAUCCGCUUGAUAUCGCGCAUACUCGUUUAGCUGCUGAUAUUGGAAAGCCUGAAGUUCGUCAAUUCAGAGGAAUCUAUCAUUUCUUAUCGACCAUUCACAAGAAAGAUGGGAUUAGAGGAAUCUAUAGAGGCUUACCUGCGUCUCUACAUGGUGUGAUUAUCCACCGUGGCUUGUACUUUGGUGGUUUCGAUACGGUUAAGGAGAUUUUCUCUGAGGAUACGAAACCGGAAUUGGCGUUGUGGAAGAGAUGGGUUUUGGCUCAGGCUGUGACUACAUCCGCUGGAUUGGCUUCUUACCCGUUGGAUACAGUUCGUAGACGGAUAAUGAUGCAAUCUGGGAUUGAGCAUCCGAUGUAUCGUAACACAUUGGAUUGCUGGAAGAAGAUAUACAGGAGUGAAGGGUUGGCUUCUUUUUACCGUGGAGCGCUCUCUAAUAUGUUUAGGAGCACGGGUUCGGCUGCAAUCUUGGUGUUUUAUGAUGAAGUGAAGAAGUUCUUGAAUUGGGGAGGGAUCUAA